AUGGCUGUGUGUACAGAGUGUAAGACUGAGACCUUGUCAAUCCAACGUUUGGAACUUCAUUUACAAAUGAAUCACCAAAUAUUUAUUUCUCAUGGCUUUCGUUCUUUUAAUUGUUCUGAUGGUGAUUGUGGUAGGGACUUUAUAAAUUGGAAAACAUAUCGUAAUCACUUAAUACGUGACCAUAAAGUUCCUUUGAGUGUUCAUGAUGUUUCUAAUGUCUCUGGAGAGCCCCCCCCAAAAAAGUGUAAACUAAGUACUUCUGAUACUUCCAAUUGUUCUAAUGUUUUCAACAUUCCAUGUUCAAGUGUAAGUUUGUCUGGUGAAUGUAAUAAUGAGGAUCUUUUCCAAGAUACUCCUGCAAAUUCUUAUGAAAGUCCUGAUAUUAAUUCUUUGAAGGAACCAAUUCGAGGUAUGUCAAACCAGUUUUUAAAUGCAUUGUACUCAAACAAGAGCAUUCCCAGAAGUUAUAUUCAAACUAUUGUCUCUGAAGUGUCUGUGUUCCUUGGAAAUAGCCUGAAAUGUGUUAGUGGGGCAGUUCAGACAGAAUUGAAUCUAGCUGGUGUUUCUUCACAAACCUGUUCCAAUGUGGCUUCAUAUUUGAAUGUUCUUGAAAAUCCUUUUCGUGGUCUUGAUUCAGAUUAUCUAAGACUUCAGAAUUUUAAGAAGGACCCAACCUGGGUGGACCCUGAGGACGUACUGAUAGGUGAUGCUGAAGAUCUGAACGCUUCUAAAGUCAUCCCGAUUGGAGUUAAAAUGUCUUAUAUCCCAUUGGCAAAGUCUUUGAAAGGCUUCCUUGAGUCUCCAGGUAUUUUUGCUGCCAUACUUGAUUACAUGAAUUUCUUAAAUUCUCAGCCAGAUGGGGUCGUUUGUAACUUCAUUCAAAGUGAGUUGUGGAAGUCAAAAGUGAAAGGCAAGCCAGGCAUUCAUAUACCUAUCUUUAAAUUUUAUGAUGAUUUUAAUGUCAACAACAGUUUGGGACCCCAUUCUGAUUCUGGCCAAUUAGGUGGGGAUUACUGCAGCAUCCCAGUGUUGCCCCCUAAAUUCCGUUCUCUGGUUGACAAUAUUUUUGUUGUUUUAUUAUUUAAAUCUCAUGAUAGAGAGUUGUACUCAAAUGAUUCUGUUUUCCGGAAAGUAAUUGAUGAAUUGGAGGACUUACAAACAAAUGGUGUAACUGUAUCUGUUAAUGGCAUUUCUCACUUGGUUUAUUUUAGACUUGGUUUAGUUAUAGGUGACAACAAAGGAGUCAAUUCAAUGUUUGAUUUUGUUUCAUGCUUUACAGCAAAUCAUUCCUGUCGUUUGUGUAAGAUACAUAGGGAUGCACUUCACUUUGCUGGCAAGGAGGACAGUUCACUACUAAGAAAUAAGGAAAAUUAUGCUGUUGAUGUUUUAACCAACGAUUCUUCAUUGACAGGUGUUUCAAGAAAUUCUGUUUGGAAUAGUCUGACUGAUUUUCAUGUAACAGAGAAUUUAUCUCUUGAUAUUAUGCAUGAUUUAUUUCAAGGCGUUUGCCAUUAUGAUAUGGGCCAUAUCAUAAGAUAUUUCAUUCGUAAAGGGUACUUCACUCUGGAUGAACUGAACUUUCAUAUUGCUACUCAUGAUUUUGGUUGUCUGAAAGGGGAGAAUAGGCCUACAAGUAUUCGUGAAGAGAACUUGAAAGAGCUCCAUUUUAAAAUGACCGCUAGUGAGAUGCUGUGCUUUGUCCGAAAUUUCUCUGUAAUGAUGGGGCAUCUUGUGCCAAAAAAUGAUCCAGUGUGGUACUUUUAUACUUUACUUCGCCAGAUUCUUGACAUUGUAUUGUGCCCUUAUGUAACUCCGCAUCUUUGUGACCUUCUAGAGAGUGUUGUAGACGAACAUAAUCAUCUGUAUUAUGUCCUAUUUAAGGACACCUUAAAACCUAAACAUCAUAAUUUGGUUCAUAUGCCUCGUAUAAUGCGCAUGGUCGGGCCCCUUGUUCAUAUUUGGUGCAUGCGUUAUGAAGCGAAAAACAGAUCACAUAACGUUGCUGCUCAGGCUACCCGUUCUCGUAAAAAUAUCAUGAAAACUUUGUGUAUUCGAGAGCAAAUAACACAGGUAACCAAAAAUGAUUUGUCCUCUAUUUCAGAUGUUGUGUUUAGUUCAUUUAAGCACUGUGAUGUCCUGGAUAAAGAUUCUAAUUUUGUAAAUUUUAUACCAUGUUUACCUUUUAAGAGUUGUAUGUGUGCUUCGUAUGUUAAGUUUAAAGGUAUUGAGUACAAAGUUGAUUCAUUUAUCAAUAUUGGCUCCAAAGAUGAUGGAUCUCUCCCUCUGUUUGGGAAAAUUUGUUAUAUCAUUGUUGAUUCAAAUGAGGAUUUCAGGUUCCUGGUUCAUUCUUAUGACACUAAACUUUUUUGUGAUCAUUUUCAUGCCUAUGUGAUUUCCCACAAACAAUAUGAUUUCAAAUGUGUUAAACCUGAAGAUUUGGUACAAACUCAGGUGUUUAAUGGCAAUAUGAACCAGGGAAACAUGUAUGUGACUUCAAAAUACAUUGUUUAA